AUGUCACAGAUGAAAGAUAUACAGCAGCCAGACAGACGUGUGUCGCAGUAUGAAACACUCAUGAGGAAGUUUUCUCAGGCGCAUAAGGAAACGUGCAGGUCAGUGCAGGUGGACAUUCCGAUGGUCCAGCGAGCUGCGAAGCAGUUCCCAACUGGCUCUCAGUAUACGGGCACAUGGGAUGUGCUGGGGAUGAGUGGCACUGGAGAAUAUACGUUUUCUAAUGGGGUAAAAUACACUGGAGAAUUUGAUGACGGGAUGUUCCAUGGCGAGGGAGAGCUGCUUUACCCCAACGGAGAGGUUCUUAAGGGCAGUUUCCGGCAGGGCCGCAUGGUAGAACGAACGUUGAUAUUCGCUGACGGCUUGUAUUAUAGCAACACCGAUUGGAUGUACUGUGAAAUGCCAGACAGAAGGUACACAAUAGAAUAUGAGGAGGGUCUGAAACCAGCUGGCCAGUCGAAUGUGACUGCAGAUCUUCCGCCCAGGGAGAUACCACCAGGAUUUUACGACACCGGGGACGGUUUCUAUGAUCCAGAGAGCAAAAUGGUGUAUUGUGCUGAUAAUAUAUCUGCUAUAUUAAGAUCUCCAUCAAUCAAAGAACAGGAUUGGAUUAUCGAAAAUUGUCGCACGAAUCCAAGCGAAGAAAUCGGCCCUCGACCUGAUUUGUACGAAGACUGGCUUGAACCAAUGGCAGAGCCCGAGCCUUUACCCCUCCCAGCCGCCAUGUCAAGGGCUACCGAGUAUAUGUUUGAAGGUAAUACUCCGUCAUCCCUGUCUUUGGGCGACGACGACAGCAGCACAGCUAGAUUGAAUGACUACAGCAGGUGGUUACGUCGCUUUAGACAGUCUUGCUCUUACCGUUCCUCGACUAAACUAAAUCGUUCUUCAACUAAACUGAUUCGUUCAACAACUAAAUUAAAUUGA